AGGGCGGCAGCUGCCUUCAGUUUCCGAGACAACAGUCGGCUCUAUAGCCUAGCUAGUUUCUUAAAGUAUGGAAACUGUUAUAGUAAUAUAGUGUUUUAAAUGACCAGAGAUACCUUAUUACGUGUGGUUAGUGAGUAUAAAGUAAAGGAAUAAAGAAAUAUUGAGCUUUAAAAGCGGCUGGAGCUACACGUGGUAACGUUCAUGUUUGGUCUGUUAGGAUUUAAAUAGUUAGAUUAAAGACAGAAGAAGACUUUGAACAUGUCCCGGUACAACAAGAAAAACGGCAUCCCCGACAGAUGGCUGGAUUACAGAGCUGUUGGGAAGAGGCUCCCCGGGACGCGGUUCAUCGCCUUCAAAGUGCCUCUGAAACAGUCGUUGAACCGGAAGCUUCCGUGUUCGGACGCGUUCGGUCCGUGGGAGCUGCUGGACGCUCUGAGCAGAGACGAGCAGCGGCUGGGUCUGAUCAUUGACCUGACGUUCACCACGCGCUACUACACACUACAGGACAUCCCAGACUCGCUGCUGUUUGUGAAGAUCUUCACAGCCGGACACGAGGUUCCCAGCGACGAGACCAUCCUGAGCUUCAAACGCGCCGUACGCAGGUUUCUACGGGAGAACGCCGACAACGACGAGCUGAUCGGAGUCCACUGCACCCACGGGCUGAACCGUACCGGCUACCUGAUCUGCAGGUACCUGAUCGACGUGGACGGGAUGGAUCCUAAAGAGGCAGUCGAGUUGUUCAACUCGUCGCGGGGCCACGCCGUGGAGAGACAGAACUAUCUGGACGAUCUACAACGGGGGCCGAAGAGGAGUAACGUGGGGAUGGAGGAGUCUGAGCAGGAGCCAAUGAGAGGCCUCGCCGCCCAUCGGCCGAGUUACGCCGCGUCAGACUCUGACAGCCGAGACGAGAGGCAGCCGCGCUUUAAUGACUCCCGGCACCAAAGCAGAUCUUUCUCUCCAAGGGAAACAAACCAGCGCUCACACCACAACCGCCAUCCACCCGGCGGCCGCGGCCUUCUUCCCAGUCCGUCUUUACUGCCUCCAUGGGCGGAGCCUCCACGCGCGGCGCCUCUCAACCCUUACCGGUGGACGGCCCCUCACGUUGACGGCUCGUGGAGGAGACCGCCUCGCUCAGACGAGUCCAGAAAUCUUCCACCGGAGGAGACGAGGUCCAGAUAUGGUCCAUCAGAAGAGAGCCGGUCCAGAUAUCUUCCACCGACCGAGGCAAGAUCUAGAUAUCCCGUACCGAAAGAGACCGGAUCCAGGUAUCUCCCCCCGACCCAGACAGGAUCCGCAUAUCCGCCACGGACCGAGAGCCGGUCCAGACAUCCCCCACCGGAGCGGGGGAGGAGGCCGCCGUCCCGCCUGCCGGAGGACAGACGGAGAGAUCCCGCGCCUCCUCCGUCCCUCCCUCGUUACUCCGCACGCUGGGCCAACGAGUCCAACGGCCACGACAGGCGAGAGGAGGAGUGGGCCGCUCCCAGAAUGAGACACCCCUCCUCCACGCAAACACACAGACACAGAGUCAACACGUUCGACGACUACUAGAGUAUCGCCGGACGCUGAGAUCCGCUGCGUUAUUAACGCUGUGGUGUUUGGUUUACAGCUUCAUCAGACUUCUCUAUGGGUACAUGAAUGGGAAAUUCUGAAUUCAAUUCUCCUGCUGUGAUUAUUCUACAUGCUCCGAGAGAGGCAAAGGGUUUCCAAAUCCAAGCUUAGGUUCUAGGGGUGUCACGAUUUAGAUUUUAAACCGAAAAACUAAAAUUAGCUGUCCAUUUCGAAAUCAAAAGCAGGAUCGGCGAUUCCCCCGGUAUAUUUUUCUCUCUCUAUUUUCGCCUACUUCGCAUAACAAACUCUGUUUUUUUCUUUUCGUAGUUUACCGGCUGGUAGCAUAUGGCUUAAGACAGGGUAGCUAACGUUAGCUUAUGGGUAGAGAUAAGGAGCGACAACGGUAGUGAGUAGUAUUACAGACAGAUGUCUUAAAUGCUGGGAUGGGAGUUUCACCGGAGGCUGAGAUCUGUUACCAACAGUGUGAUGUUAGGAUUACAGCUUCGUCAGACAGCUGAGAGCGCCACUGCACGGACUUCUUUCAUCUAUGGGACGAUCUGAAUGAAAUUCUCCUGCUGGGAUUAGUCUGCCUGUUUGAAGAAGCAAACAUUUUUUUAUUCAGUUAAGGCUCAGGUUCUAAGGGUGUCCCGAUAUGGAUUCACAUCGCAAAUCGAUUGAAAUGAGCUUUCCAUUUCGUCUAUUGAAAUCAGACGCAGGAUUGGCGACUACCCUAAUAUAUUUUUCCCUCUCCACCCCCAACUACUUGAGCACGUUUGAAGAAAAAAAAACAGACACGGCGGUAUUUAGCUGCUGGUAGCAUGCAGCUAAAGACACAUGGUAACGUUAGCUUGGCGGUAGCCUUCAGAUGCUCUGUUCCAGACACCGCGGCGACUGGCGGCGUCGGAGAUGACUGAGAAAACACUUCGGGGAACACUACUUCCCCCGAAGUCACCCUGUGGCAACAUUUAGCCUUCCCCCGUGAGUGAGCGAAGGAAACAAACAACAAAGGUCAAGCCGGUGUGCUCUGACGGGACUCCAUAGUGCAUUCACGUGCACCUUGUUAAACUAAUGGUGCAAUCAAUCGCAACUUGUAAACGCUGAGAACCCCAAACUGCUGUAACAUACCCUUCUGGUGUUUUUCUUGUGGCAUUGCCCUCACUUUAGCCAAAAGAUUUUUUUUAAAUUGAAUGGAAUCGUGACACCCCUAAUAGGUUUACAUGUUUUUAAAAUGUAUUGAAAAAGAUUUUGGUUGUUGGCUUAUAUUAAUGGAUCGGUUUCAGCUCAAAUGAUCCUUUCUUUACUGUUUAUUUCUCCGCAGCGUGCGGGUGUUGCAGUUGUUUCGACAGCCGGCUCUACGGCGCAGCAUCUCACUGCAUAUGAGAGUGAAAAUUAGAGUGUGAGAAAAUGAAUUGACUGAGACGCGAGCCGGCAAAGAUCAAAAGCUCCAAUGGAAACGAAUCUGUGGAGAAUCCAGUGUGCAUCUCCUAAAGUUCCCGCCUUUGAAUUCCCUCUCUGUGUUUCCUGGCCGAGCUGCAGCGGAUAGAUGGAAACAAAAAGAGGGCAUUUGUUAAAAAAAAAAAAAAAAAUGACCCAAAGCUACAAGUUUGGUCCCGUCAUUCGGUUGCGAUCUCUACGUGCCUUGUUGUGUGAUGAAUGCCGAUUCCACUCUGCAGAGAGAAGAACUGUUGACAUGUUCAUGUCACGUUUUAUUUUGUUUUUAUUGGCCAUAUAUUUUAUGUAUUUUAUUUCCCCCACUAAAGCGACUUUUUCUCUUCUUA